UGGUAUGACAGCCCCAAGAAUUGGCGAAUCAUACAGUUCUUGAAAAGAUAGCAAAAUACAAUUUCAGGUUAGUUCCUUUGAUAAUGUUAUGUUCAAAUAGCAUGGGAUUUGAUGCUGGAGUGUAGAAUUAUGCUUGCCUAGUAAUAUAAACAAUAGUUUAUGUGUUGAUCAUCCACCAAUAGUAUGCUUGUAAUCUUAUCUGACCAAUUCAUAGGUGAAAAGAAAGAAUAUUUACCUAUUAAGUUUCUUUUUAAAAUUUGAGAAUACCUAUAGAUUUCACUUUAUUAGUCUUCAUUCAACAGAUGAUCGAGGUCUCAAGUUAUAGCAGACAUCCCUGCCCAGUACUAGCGUGCUAUGAAUGGCACCUGCUUCUUGCUCUCUGUAAUUCAGCUAUAUUCUUUUAAAGCAGGAGUCAGACUAAAGCUCUGUAAUUCAAAUGGGCAUGUCAGAUGGAGGAAUGAGUGGUACGAUAGAAGCUAGCCUAACUGAAGAAAUAUUACCAAUGUUUAUAUUUCACAUUAAAAGUAGAACCUGAAGAUAAGACUUUCUUAUAUUAAGCAGUUGUGAUGGCAGAAAAAAGACAGUCUUACAGUUUUGGGGAAGCAAUGGAGCAACUUAUAGGACCCGAUAGACAAAAAUGGGCCAAUAUGGAUCCAGAAGAAAGAAUGUUAGCUGCUGCCACAUCUUUUGCCCAUAUCUGUGCAGUGCAGGAUGAAGGAGACCUCAGGAGAGAAGCCCAGUCUAUCCAGUAUGACCCCUACAGUAAAGCUUCGGUAGCUUCAGGGAAGCAACCUGCUCUUCCUGUGCAACUGCAGUACCCACAUGUAGAAAGUCCUGUCACUUCACAAACAGUCUCAGAGGCCUCUCAAAGACUCCGAAAGCCAGUGAUGAAGAGAAAGGUGCUUCGUAGAAAGCCAGAUGGGGAAGUAUUAGUGACAGAUGAAUCAAUUAUCAGUGAAUCAGAAUGUGACACAGAAAGUGAUGCAGAUCUCUCGGACUUAAAACAUAGGCUGAUGAAUUUGCAGUUCCAGGAAGACAGGGAGUCCCCAGUGGAUAUUUCACGAAAAUUUAAUCAACCACAUGAAUACCAAGGAAUUUCACAAGAUCAGUUCAUUUGCUAUCUACAAAAAGAGGGAAUGGGCCCUCCAGCUUAUGAACAAGACCUGAUUGUUGCCAGCAGACCCAAGUCCUUUAUUCUCCCAAGGCUGGACCAGUUAAGCCGAAAUCGGGGCAAGAUAGACCGGGUAGCCCGAUAUUUUGAAUACAAAAAGGACUGGGACUCAAUGCGGUUGCCUGGUGAAGAUCAUAGAAAGGAGGUACGGUGGGGUAUCCGAGAAAGAUUUCUUUCCCGAGCAGAACCCCAGUCCAAGCCUCAACAUGUGUAUGUUCCAAACAAUUACAUAGUACCAACUGAGAAAAAAAGAUACGCCAUUCGUUGGGGUGUUCGCUGUGACCUUGCAAAUGGUGACAUGCCCAGGAAGCUUCCCUUUCCUUUUUCUCCUUCAUAAGUCUUUUUUCACCUGUCUCCUACAGAAUUGUUUAGGAUGUCCUGUUUCUUUAUCUGGCUCCUUUUAAAUAGAAACACCCACCAUUUGUGUUCCCCUGCUGUAUCAUAUCAGAUACUACUUAACUUCCAAAUUACCACUCCCAAAUACAGGAAUUACAAGAAAAAAUCAUGCCAGAGAAAGAAAAAUCUAUCUGGUUUUUGUAUUUUGUCAAAUUAGUAAGCACCAUUUGUGUUUGAAAGUCUUUUUACCUUGAGUCAGUGUAACCUACUGUUUUAGUGUUGUUUUAAAAUUGGUG